AGAACACCGUUGAAGAAAAACAUUUUUAAUUUAUUUUUAUUUCACAUUAUAUUAAAUUAUAUUUAGUGACUGUCUUGUAUCAGAAAGAUGUAAAUCUAAUAAAUUUUUUUUAUAAAUAUCUCAAUGUAUUACCUUUGACCUUUUGGGACCACGUGAUCUAAAAACAGUUAUGACCUCUCCUGCUAGCUAGCAGCAGCUAACCGGGAGAGCUUUUGCUAUCAUUUCCAAAUUGUAGACAACAUUUGACACAAUGGACCAGUCUAAACAAGAUGAGGACUAUGGAUACGGGUUAUUCCCAAGGAGAAAGGAGAAGAAGAUGGGAGCCAUCGCGCAGAGCUUGUUCACUUUCAACCACAAGUGUCAGGUCAUGUUGCAGUUCGCGAUGGAAACCAGUCCGUAUGCCAAACUCCUCCUCAGUGCCAUGAAAAGUUCAGGAUGCCAACUAUUUAAAGACCGUCAUUUCUCCUGUGAAGACUGUGACGGCUCGGUCAGCGGUGGCUUCGACGCAUCUUCCUCACAAAUCGUUUUGUGUCAGAACAACAUCCACCAGCAGGGCCACAUGAACCGAGUGGUUACACAUGAGCUCAUUCAUGCCUUUGACCACUGCCGGGCCCACGUCGACUGGUUCAACAACUACAGACAUCUGGCUUGUUCUGAGAUCCGGGCAGCUAACCUGAGUGGAGACUGCUCCUUUACCAAUGAACUAUCCAGGUUCCACUUUGGCGUGAAGCAGCAUCAUCAGGAGUGUGUCAGAGGCCGGGCCCUGCGCUCCAUCCUCGCUGUGAGGAAAAUCAGCAGAGAGGAAGCAGAGAAAAUAGUGGACGAGGUCUUCGAGCCGUGUUUCAACGACCACGCGCCGUUUGGACGAAUCCCGCACAGUAAUAAGGACGCUAAAUUUGCCAACAGAGAUUACGAUAGCAGAGAUCGAUAUUUUGCAAACCUUUAGUCUCGUCACAUUUAACUCCCAUUGGUGCUGCAACCGGCGGUGGCGCCUGAAAAGAGCUUGGCGGCGUCAGGGCCUUGGUCAGCAGAAAGGCCUCAACAGAACGACAGCGUGUCGAAAACCAUCAAAUCCCUUCAGAAGGGAUUUUCAGAGAAUCAUUUGCCCUUGGAACAGGAGAGCAAAGGAAGGAAUUACGGUCCAUUUCAUGUUCUACCUUCAUUUUUAUACUAAUUCUGUAUACAGGGAUUGUCAGGAGUAGGGCUGGGCGAUAUGGACCAAAAGUCAUAUCCCGAUAUAUUCAGGCUGAAUAUCAAUAUACAAUAUAUAUCCCGAUAUUUUUAUCUCAAAGUGAGAGCAAAUGUUCACUCAAAGCCAAAUAUGACAUGUCACAAGUAGUUUUUAUUGAAACCGGGUCUUUAAGUGAACAUAAAUACUGUAUAACACCAGGGGUACCUUUUAAAACAAUAUCAAAGCUCCGUAAAGUUCACAUUUAAAUAAAAAAACAUCUUCAGUAAAAGCCGCAGCUUGCCUGGAGCAAGGAUGACAGUGCAAAUUUGAACUACAGUCAAGGAAAAAAUUAGACCACCCUUGUCUUCUUCAAUUUCUUGUUCAUUUUAAUGCCUGGUACAACUAAAACUACAAAUAUAAUGAUAACAACAAAAAUAGCUCAUAAGAGUUUAAUAUAAAAGAUGAUUUCUAGACAUUUUCCAUGGUUUUCUUGAUAAUAACCAAAAACAUAAACAAGAAAAAACAUUGAACUCUUAUGAGCUAUUUUUGUUGUUAUCAUUAUAGUUGUCCAAACAAAUGUACCUUUAGUUGUACCAGGCAUUAAAAUGAACAAGAUAUUAGAGAAAAGGUGGUCUAAUCAUUUUUCCCAUGACUGUAUAUCGAUAUAUGCGAUAUGGUCUAAUUCCAUAUCGCAUUUAAAAUUAUAUUGAUAUAUCUUUUAUAUCGAUAUAUCGCCCAGCCCUAGUCAGGAGUGAUUUUGCUGUGGGAGUAAAUGAUUAGAUGAGGCCCCAGUGAUUUAUUCAUCAUAUGCUUUUAUUUGAUCAAUGGGUGCUUUUAAGAAAAUACAUGAUUUAAAUUAUGUCCAUCGAUAUUUGCUGUGAAAGUGCUUUGAUGACAAAUAAGGAUGUAUUUCUCUGUUCGCUCUUGUUGCCACACUGACCUCCACUCAUUUCUUGUAAAUAGAGCCGAUUGUGUUUAAAUUAAACGGAAUCAACUUGUUUAAAGUUGAUUCCCCUGAAAAAGUAAGAA